AAUCAUCCAGAGCUCCCCUCAUGGUUCAGUCACUUUCAAAGUCAGCUGAAGGCAAUAGGAAAGGAGAGAAAGACUCAUUUCCAGCUUCAAUUGCUUUCUCUAAUAUUUAUGGACUUUACUUACUAGAAGGCUAAAGGAUGAUGGCAAGAAUGAGAAUUCCACUGGUCUGCAUGAUGUUUCUGGCUUUUACUUCCCAGAGUCUGUGCUCAGAUUCAGAAGAGGAAAUGAAGGCACUGGAAGCAGAUUUAUUGACCAAUAUGUACACAUCAAAGAUCAAUAAAGCAAGAUUUCCUCACUGGAAAAUGACCCUGCUGAAUGUGUGCAGCCUUGUCAAUAACUUAAACAGCCAAGCUGAAGAAACAGGGGAGACUGGUGAAGAUGAGCUUGCUAUGAGAAGGCAGUUAUCAUCUUUGGAAGGCUUUAACUUGGAGGCGAUGCUGACCAUUUACCAGCUCCAGAAAAUCUGUCGUAGCAGAGCUUUUCAGCACUGGGAGGAGGAUGAUCUUUGGACUGGGAAUGAUAAAACAAAAAUGAUUAACAGGGAGGUGAAACCGAAGAUAAAUGAGGAGAUGUUACUCCAAGAAGAUGUUCUUGAAUCUGCAAAUCUGAAUCGUGAAAAAGAAGAAAUCAUGAAGAGGAAAACCCCUUAUAUCCUGAAGAGGCAACUCCAUGUGAAUAAAGCCAGAAGACCCUACAUUCUCAAAAGGAGUUCUUCCUACUAUUGAGGAGAAAAAAAAUAUCUAAUUUAGUUUAUGAAUAAUUGUGUUUCAUGGUUGUUUUAAUUAAAAAUACAAGUAUAUCAGUGUGAAAAUUAUAUGACAAAAGAAUUGUUUUUGUCUCUUCUGCAAUUAUGGUUUCUUGAAUGUGAUUUUUUUAAUCAAAAGAAUUGGACAGAAAACAUUCCAAAUAAAUCUCCUUUCUAAGCAUGA